UACUUACGCCCCUUAUUUUGCGACUACAGUGGCAUCACGGACCUGCCAGCUAGCUCUUCAACACUAUCGGACCUCGUUGAAAAUUUCUUCCCUUCACUCAAAUCAUCAGUGGCACAAAUCUCGGCUCAGCAUAAUUCCACAUUCCACGAGGCUUUUCAUUCAUUGAAAGAAACUCUGCGAAAGAACGAUGUUUGAGGUACCUGACGCAAAACGAGUGAGAAGAGAUGAGCUCUUCGGUUCAGGGACGUCCGAUCGUGGCUCCAGUCCGGACACAGCGGACGAAGCCGAAGUGGAAGCCAAGGCUCAGCUACUCAAUGCCAAACUCUCUAGCUUGCUUUCAUUGAAGUUUGAGUUUGAUGACGGUGCGGCGCGUGAUGAUAAUGCCACUACUGCGGCUAGAGAGCCGACAGAAGCUUCGGCCAAGCAACCUGAGGUGGCCAGGGAGAAGCCCCAGAAGAAGGAGAAGGAGACGAAGCAAACAAGUCAAGGUGACGCCGAGUCCUCGGAUGAUGAUGGCAGUGACGAAGAGGACACACCAAUGCAAGACCAGGCGCCACUCGAAGAGGAGGAAGAAGCCGCCGAAUUCGAGUUUCGCCUCUUCUCCACCUCAGCCCCUCAAAAGAUCGUCCUCCCUUCCAAGGACGAAGAGGAUGGCGCAGGCGAGACGGUUAUCGCUGACCGACCUAUAUCCUACUACAUACGCGGCGAGCUCACGCCUGAGGAGCAAGAACAGUUCCGGGCCGCAGCCGUGACUAGCCAAGACAUUCUGAACUGGGCCAAGCAGCGGGCGUGGGGACUUGAGGUGCCGUGGAGGGUGAGGAAGAUUGUCGUUACAGUGAAGGGCAAGAAAGCAGACAGGGCCGCGGCAGCAACAGCUCUGCAUGGUCAACCGGUGGCCACGGGGACCGAAGUUCAACAACAAGCAGGCGGUAGUGAACAGCAGAAAAAGAAGAAGAAGCGACUCGGAAAGAAGGGGAGAAUUGCCAUGAGGAUCAAGGAGAAGGCGAGGAAGGAAAAGGAGGAGGCGGAGCAGAAGCAGAAGAUGACCAAGGAGGAACACUUGAAGGAGAAGAAGAAGCGGUUGAAUAGGGAGAAGAAGCUCAAGAGGAGACAGAAGGAGAAGGAGAAGAAGAUGGCAGGCAAAGCGGGAAGUUCGGUGGGUGAUGCUAUGUCUGCGGUUGGGCAGGAUUCGGAUUCGGAGGGGGAUGAGAAGGAGAAUACGAUGGUUGAGUAA